AUGACAGCAACAAACAACAACAGCAACUAUAUCAUUUCUGAUGAAAAAGUUAUUGAUUCAUUAGUUGAGGAAUUAGUUGUGGCAGAAACUAAAACCCUCAACGAAAGAAUUGGUGAAAACAAGAUUGAUUUACAUAACUACCUCAAACAUGAUGGAGGAAGAGGAAGGAAAACUGGUAUGGCUUUAUUAGUAAAUAAAAUUUCAAAUUUAACGAUUAUAGAUGUUGAUAUCAAUAAAUCGUACAAUGAUGAACUUAAAGAAACAGUUAGAAAAGACAUUUUAUCAAAACUUUCGGAUAAAGAUGUUAUCGUUAAAACCGCUUCAGGAGGUCUUCACAUUUAUUGCAACACUAAUUUCUUCUAUUCAACCUCGAACAGAAUGAUUAAAUGUUAUUCCUGCAAUGAUUAUGAUAUUGACAUAAUGACUUCUAUUGAUGAUUCAAAACGUUCUUUAGUAGUUAUGGCUGAUUCAAGAGUUCGCAAGAAUGCAACAGAACCAAUCAAUACAUACUCAUUCAUUCGUGGAAGUUACGAUUCAACAUUAACCAGAACAGUGAAUGAUAUAUUAAAUGAUUUGAAUAUUAAGGUAAGAGUUGAACAGAAGAAUGAAGAAAUAAAGAGUAUAAUGAAUGAAAACAAAGAUGUAAACAUUGACGAUAAACUUGCGCAGAGCAUAGUUGAUGGCAUCUGUGAUUUUGAAGUACAUAAUGACGGUGGAAACAUGAAUUUAGAAAAAGAAGUUACAUUAUUCACACUGUUUCAAGCAAUUAAUUCGUUACCUAAUCAUUUAAUUAAUGAAGCAUACGAUAACGUUUAUAACUUCUGCAGUUUAACAGAAAAUGCAAAAAGUAAUUUUGAAAAAGCACGUGGUAGAUAUGCACAUUUAAUGACUUCUCCAUUUGUUUUAGUGAAGAUUCUAAAACUUUAUCAAAAGGAAUAUUAUGAUGAAUAUGUUUUACCUUUAUUACGUAAGCCAAAAAUAACGUUUGAUAUCAAACUUGAUGACUCGUUUUUGAUAACAGAUAUUAGACGCAAGGCUGAAAAUCAUCAGUAUAAAAACAGUUCUGAAGUAAUUGAGGAUUUAUCACGUGUAAUCCGUUUUGUAGAUUGUGGAAACAAAUAUUUCAUUCAAAAGGACUAUAAUAUCCACGACAAAAUGAAUCAAAUAUCAUUCGUUCUUCAAUCAAACAUGAAAGAGUCACUCAAAAUGAUUAAAUUAUUUAAAGAAGAAGGUAAAACCAUAACAGCAUGGGACGUACUAUUAAAUCAAUUAUCCUCAUUAACCGUUAAGGGUGUUUGCUUUAAAUCUGAUUCCCCAGAUGUUUUCUCAACGUUUCAGGGUUAUAAAUACAACAUUCUCGAAAAACCAGAUUACUCAAAAAUUGAGAUGUUUAUGAAUUUCAUUAAAGAAGCCAUUUGUGAUAAUAACGAUGAA